ACUAACAGCUACCACGGAGAGACAGAAGAUUUCGGUGUUGGAGUGCUUUUUUUGGCGGAAACAUGCAACGCAUGCAGUCAUAUCUGUGCUGCCUUAUGCGAUGGUGACAUGGUGACUCAGGCCUGGUUCCCGCCCGGAGCAAUGGAACACUGGUUGUAGUUUGCCUAUCGUGCACUGUAUGGACUAUCAGCUCUGGGCUAGAGCUAUUUUAUUAUGCCAUUUUAUGCAGUGAGGAAAGGAUUCUGUCCUGGGAUAUACCAUACAUGGGACGAGUGUAAAGCUCAGGUGGACCACUUCAGGGGAGCCCAGUUCAAGAAGUUCCCCUCUCUCCAGCAGGCAGAAGCCUUUUGCCAGGGCUCUGCCAGCCAGAACCCCACCGCCGCACGACCUGCCGCCGCCGGGGUCGCAUCGACACGCCCCGCGCCGUGCCCUGACCCAGGUCGGGCCCGUCCCCCGGCCGACACUGACUCCAUGAGACGAGGCAUCGACGGCGCCCGCCGCCAGCUAGACGCCCUUAAGGACCAGCUGCACCGGUACCGCAGCGGCGAGCUGGUCUCGCCCUGUCGAGGCCGCACUGACGCCGCUGCAGAGGACGCCACACGCGCCGCAGCAGAGGACGCCACACGCGCCGUCGCGGAAGGCGCCACCAGUGACGGCGCGGCGGCGGCCGACGGCUUCGACCGCUUCGUGGUGGACGAGGACGGCUUCCUGAACGUGUGGACGGACGGUGCGUGCUCUAGUAACGGGCAGCGGGGGGCGCGCGCCGGCUUCGGCGUGUGGUUUAACCAUGCACAUCCGCUUAACGUGUCUGCGCCGGUCGACGGACCGGCCACUAACAAUAACGCCGAGAUACAAGCGGCCUGGAUGGCGCUGGAGGUGGCCGCCGCCGCCGGCCACCGGCGCGUGCUGCUGCACACCGACUCUCAGUUUGUCAUCAGCUGCGCCACGCGCUGGCUGGAGGGAUGGAAGAGGAACGGCUGGCGGCUGGCCGGCGGCGGCCCUGUGAAGAACCGCACUCAAUUGGAGGCCCUGAGUCGCGCCAUGGCUGGCGUUGAGAUCAAGUGGAACUACGUGCGUGGUCACUCCGGGGUGGACGGCAACGAGGGCGCCGACCGCUUGGCGGUGGCCGGCGCACUCCGCUACACCGCUCCCGACCCCUGAUGACGUCAGACCGGUGGCGAUGACGUCAGUCCGACGUCAUUGCCAUGCUGCAAACGACGUGCGUCGGCACGCGGAAUCUGGCUGCCGGUGACGACACGUCAUCAUGGUGUCGUCAGCCGGGCGAGGAUGCCGAGCCAGCGGGGACGGCGACCGACGUGUUCCAGAACGCUGCUCCUAGCCUCUGAUGGCGGGAGGCAGAUGCCCAUGUGGGGCUGACGAUGACCUCAAGCUGCUGAUGUGGGUGUCGAGCUGGACACUGUGGUGGCUCUUUUGUCAGAUUCGUGGUGCUGCUGGUGCUGUGCACGUCUCAGGCUGUGAGGCAGGUCGUCGUUGGUGAUGCUGCUCGUGAUGAGUCCUGUUGGUGCAGCACUGCUAAUGGCAUACGCCCCAGCUGUGUUUUGUCGCGCGUGGUGGUGCUGCGCACGUCCUGUUGUCGGGUGGCUGCGGGGUUAGACGUCUGACGCUGCUGUGCCCUGGUCAUAGUUUGUGCUGCCAGGGAAUAGAAGGGUUUCAGUGUACCCAUGGAUA